GUUUCGUGUAGGUAUUGACAGUUUCUCUCUGCGUCCUUGACGACAAAUAAUUGUGAAAUUUCACCAGACUCAUAAUUUUGGUCAUUGCUCUCAUUUAGCGGAGAAACAAAAAGGGGAAAAUGCCGCGCGUACGAUGCGUUGUGGACUUAAAACUAAGAUCCGUGAGGGCUCCGGGUGUGUAUUUUCUGAGUCGGGAAGACGUUUGCCUCAGUGUUAGUCUGUUUGGACAAAACAAGAGUACCAGGCUACUGACAUCAACAUUUCCCUUGUAUAUACAACAGGACCUCGUGUUUGACAAGACUUACUACACCUCUGGGUUGUCUUCGGAAGUCCUUGAUCGCCUCAGAGAUGAGUUGGUUGUUUUUGAGUUGGUACAGUUAUCUCGCUACGGAGGCUCGGUCAGACUCGCCUCGUACUCAGCCAGCGCUCGGGAAGUCCUUUUCCCCAUCACCUCCGGGUCACUGUAUCACUCCUCACCCAUCAGGGAAAUACCGCUACGCAGACUUAUCGACUUUCCCGGUGAAAAUCCGAUUUGGUUAGAGUUUUCUACUGUGACAGACAUUACGGAGACGAUUUUACCCGAGGUGGACAGAGUUCUCUACAGACCAACAGUGACAGACACUGUAUUAUACAAACCUACUCUGACAGACACACUACUUUACAAACCAGAUAGGUACGUACGUCCCCUGACAGCGUACGACAGACUGGACCUAGAGAGAACGGAGCGCGCAUUACAACGCAGCAGAUCUAUGGAACGAAUAGAACUGGAACAUCUCAGGGCGCUCAACAAAUCUAGAGAAUUAGCUCGACUAGAACAAGAACUAGAGGUUAAAAGACGGGAAAGACUCGCCCGAGAACAACUCGACGCUUCUCUGCGUUUAUCACGAGCCCGAUACCUAGAGGACUUAGAACUUGACAAAAUCAGACUGGCUCGUAGAAAUCUGUACCUUUGAUUAACUCAGGCCUUAAAUAAAAUGAUGGAAGUUGACAACACAGACGAUGUGGAUAGAUUUGGAUGAGGGCAAUAAUCAUAGUGAUGUGAAGUAGGUCUCCAUCUUUGUUAGUCUGUCUGUCUGUGCUUCAUCACUGGUCUAGGACAUGAAGGAGAUAUCAUGAUUAUAGUCACCUCUUGUCCAGUGGAUUAACUUAGUAGUCUGUAGUCUGAGUCUUGUUCAACUAAAGUCAAUCACCUGACUUUACUUUUAUUUAACGCUAGUGAUUUUUUGAUAUUAUACCUGGUAAUACACAUAUUGUACUAAUGUUUAAAAUUUCAUUAUAUUUUGAAUUGAUAUAUUAAUAAAUUUUGUCAUUUCGUAUUGUCUGUAUUUAUCAAUUUAUCAUUUGAUUAAGAAAUGCAGCUAUAACUUGAGGACAUUUCUUGGUGGUAAUGUUGCAUAAUAUUGAUAAAUGGAGUCCAAUGUCCUGUGAUCUUUUAUAAUAGCAAGCAGAAAAAAAUGGUUAAAUGACCAAUCAGUAAUCAGAUUAUGAUUGACCAAUCAUUAAUGAGAACAAGAUUGACCAAUCAGUGAUUAGAACAUGGUCACAUAUCCUUUAAACUGGUAACAUAAUGUAGAUUCAUUGUGCAAUGGCCUAUUAAAGAACAACGAGAUUAAAACUAAAAAUCAAAAUACAGAUAGUGUUUAUUUUUAAAUGUUGUAAUUUUAUCUUCUUUUUUAAAAAUAUAUACACUGUAUGUUACACUGUUUGUUAAGCAUUAUGAUGAAAAUGAUACAUUUUAUAAACUUUGUUAACUCAAGAUGUGAGCUUUAACUUCAUAGAUUUCUGAUUGUAUGUUUAAAUUAUGUAAGAAUUGAAUUAACAUAGCUCAAUCAUUUAUGAUGGGAGUCUAUGUUAGCAAUGAUUAUGUUUUCCUAAGACUGUAAUAUUGUUUCUUCUUACUGAUUAAUGGAUAUACUGUUAAUGAUAUCAAUUAUUUCUAGGUUGCAUUUUCGUUCAGAAGUUGUUAAUAUGGUGCUAACCACCACAACUGUACAACAGAGUACAUUUUAUGUAAUUCAGGGUACAAUAUUGAGUUAUUCUACGAGAAGUCUUCAUACUUGCUUUUAUAAAUUACCUUGUUAUUUUUAAAAAUAUACUUAUUGCAUUCUAAUUGUUAUCAAUUGUUUACAAUUUUCUUUUUGCUAUUUAUAUUAUUAUACAUCUAACUAUGUUCAUCUUUUAGAAUUUUUUUCAUUAUUUAGCAGCAGUAGAAAUAAAUAUUUAUAAAUUUC